CUCUGCAUUCCCCCACUCCCAAGUUCUGACUCCAUCUUGCAGUAUUGACGAGGGGCGUUGAACAGACGCUUCAACUCAACCUACCAUGCUACUCCACACUCUUUCCAUAUACCUUCUGUCUCACACUAUAGUAACGUCUGCCUAUGCGAUCUCGACUGUAGUCGAAGGCGUCUCCAGGAUCGGGAACACAACCUCCUCUCACAUCUUUCUUCCUGUCGGUGAUGGUUUUUCUGCCAGCGACCUUGGUCCCAUGAAGUCUCGUGUUGGACCGAGCAGCUUUGAUGCCAGAGAUGGUAUGACAACAGUCACAAGGAAGGUUGCUAGAGAUAUAAUAGGACCAGCCACGACCAAUGCCGAAGGAGUCGUCCAAAUCAACGGUAUCAAUGUUCUUCAAGCUCCAAGAGAACCCAAAACAGUCACCAGGAUCCUGGAAGUGGUCAUAGCCAAUGUACACACCGGCGUCACUCUCUGUGGAUCCAACGAUGUUGCCGAACCCACCAAAAAUGCAGAAGGCGUUCUUCAGAUCUCUGGCAUUGACGUUCACCAAGCCACAGAAGCCAAUCAACCCACCAAUACAUUUCCACCAGCCACCACGAAUGCAGAAGGUGUCGUUCAGAUCGAUGGCAUCGAUGUUCUCCAGCCUGAUGUUCACACGCAAUUCGUGGAGGUGCUUGCCAUCGACAAUGGUCCCGGACCAACCCCUAGGACAAAGAUCACCGCACCCUAUCUCAAUCCAAUCUGGGGUAACACUAGACAAAGAUGGAUUCCCUUCCUCGGCGCCACUGUACCUGUUGCAUACGAACAUGAUAUCGAAUGGAUCACCAUCGGUCAGACUCAAUCAUAUUGUCAAUUUCCCGAUUUUUGUUGGUGGUUUCCGGAGCCGAAUAAACAAAAAGGGCCUGUCUACUAUAAAACAACCAUAAGAGAAGUGAGGAAAAGGACACCAGAAACAGGAGUUAUGGAGCUGGCUUCCAAUACUGUCACGCUUACUGACAAGGAUUUGUAUACGAGCACCUGGACUGCUUCGAGUACACCUACCUAUAUUACUUCGGGUCUAGCAAAGACUCCUUCGUGAAGAGGUUGCCGAGUGGUGACACACUGUCAAUUGGAAGUACUGCGAAUCUCCACAGAAAGACAGACGAUGGUCAGAGGAAGUUUAUGCAUAUCGAUGACCAACAUGCGGGGUCUUGGGAGUGCGUAGAUGCAGGCUGGAGUCUUCUGAUGUAUUUUCGACGAGUUUUCUCUUUCAGCAAACCAGCU